AUGUGCACAAACGCCACCAAUCAGACCAAUCAGACCGAUGCUCAUUGCACCUACAGCGACCUGGAGGGUUUGGGUUACAGUCUUGUGUUUCUCCUCGGUUUCGUCAUCAACGGCGCUACUCUGUGGGCCUUCGUCGCAAAACGGGCCUCCUGGACCGACACCCACAUCUACAUGCUGAACUUGGCUCUGGCUGACUUUCUCCUGGUCCUUUUCCUUCCCUUCCGGAUUUACGACGCCUUUUUCUGCCUGCCCAAGACUUGGCUCUGCACUAUCCUAAUUUUUAUUCACUACAUCAACAUGUACGCCAGCAUCCUGACCACGACAGCCAUCAGCCUCCACCGCUACCUGACCAUCAGGUUCCCGCUGCAGGCCAGAUCAUGGAAGAGGAGGAAGGAGGCAGCUGUCGCCGUCUGCUUGCUCAUCUGGGUGUUUCUGAUUUCAGUUGUUGUUGUUUUUCACAAGGUUAACCUUCCUGAAAAACUCUGGUCAUGCUAUGAAAGAUGUAAAAAUAACAGAAUCAGUCCAGAAUUCACCUCGAUCCUGUUGUCUCUCGGCUACCUGGCUCCUCUGCUGAUAAUUGUGUUCUGUUCCAGUCGGAUCAUCUGCAUUUUGGAGAAAGAGCAGGAGAUGUCAGAGGGAAAGAAAAACAUUGUUGGGAUAGUGAAAGCAAACAUGAUUGUGUUUUUUGUCUGCUACACGCCAUUCCACAUUGCGUUUACAAUCAACUUCUUUUCAGAGGUGCCACCAAAUUGGACGCCGUUCACUUAUUUACCAGCUCAUGUGUUUCUACAAGUGUCUGACUGGAUCGCUUCCACAAACUGCUGCUUUGAUUCCAUCAGCUACUAUUUUUUAUUAAAAAAAAUUUACACAUAAAUUAGUGACUGCUACUUUUUCAACAGCUUGCAGAGUUAUGUAAAUGUUUCAAAUACUGCACAGUUUCCUGUUCACCUACUUUUACCGCAGUGUAGAUGUGCAGCGAUGCUCGGAAUAAAUUCAUCUUCUGUCGCAGCAAUAUUAGAAGUUUGUUGGGGGAGGUCUCUUUCUGUUGUGAAUUUGUAGUUUUCAUAUUUAUUAGUAGUCAAUGAGCAGGCCACCAGUCUAUCACAAAAUGGUCAAGCAGAUAAAGGAUGAGAUGAAGGGGUUUCAGUGAGAAAAGUACAUAUUAACUUCAGGACAAAACACCUUGUAAGGUUGCGGGCUGAGUACCAGAGUCAUUAUCUAAGUAAAACUGCUUCUGGACCAGCAUGGACUGAUGGGCCACUUAGAGUGGAAGAGACAAUAAUUAUAAGAUCAACGUAUAAAACCACAUGCCUUGUGGCCUCAUGAAACUAAAAUUACAAUGUUCAUCCAUCAAGACAAUUGUCACAUGCGGAGACAAAAGGGAACAACAUGCCAAGCAUUUAGUACAAGGUGUUGCAGAAUGUGUGGGUGUUUUGCUACAAGGAGAGACUGGUGCACCUCACAAAAUACUUGGCAUCAUGAGAAAAAAAAAAAAAACAUUCUGUGAAGAUGUUAAAGUAAAGACACCACCCGGUAAGUUAAGUGGGUCAUCCAAAUAAGCACCAAGUGGUUACAGACAAUAAAGUCGAUGUUUUAUAGAGCCCAUCAUAAAGCCCUGAUCUCAGUAUCAUACACCCUUAUAGUGCAAAGUAUCUGUUUGCUGUAGGAAUCCGCCAAAACUAUUUUAGACUGUGAGACACUUGUGGAACAAUACCAAUAGAGUUUUAUUUUAGUCAUACAGUCUAAAGCCAAAGUGGCAAAUGGAACUACUAAACUUAAAGAAAGUAACAACCCCCAUCUGUUUUCAUAGUGUAUGUUAGAAAAGCUUGGUUCGACACGUGAAACACUUUAAACUUUUGAUCCUCUCAGUGAUUUCCAAAAACCUGUAGAGCUAUUCUGGACCUCGACUCUUCGCACAGCAGCAGCAGCCUGCGUCAUGCGUGACACCUCGGACAGCCAAUGCUCACUUAACACAAUUGCACCCAUGGGAGCGAUUCUCCUUUCCUUAAAGGUUGCAUUCAGCAUCCAGCUCCCUCUAGUGGCACAGGAAUUAUGUGUGCCAAAGGCUCAGAGUCUGUUCAGAGGAUUCUCACCCUAAAUGCACCUAUAAAUGUGUUUUUGUGUAACCGCACAGUGCAUUCAGAACCACACAGGAUGACAUGAGCGCUCAAUUACAUAAUGCCAUUUAAUAGCAGUACUGAUUAUUAUCAACUGCAGUGUAGUGACUGCAAAAAAAGACAUUACAGGCAUCAGUCAAAUGAGAAGGUUGAGCAGCGACUGAGGUCGGGCCUUCAAUCCUAAUCUAAGAAACUGAAGGAGACGGCUAAACUCUGCGCUUAGCGAAAGUCACAUCAGGUCAUUUUACAUACGUUUUAUUCACAGCAUUGUCACCGAAAAAAAAAAAAAAAAAUCUUUCGCAGUCUUGUCUUAAAAGACAGAGGACAGCGACAUCCCUUCCCCCCAAUAAACCCAAUACACGAUACAUUCAGGAUGAUUAUUUACACUAUUCACAAAUGAUACAGACAGCUCCUUCAAAAUAAUAAUAAUAAUAAUAAUAAUAAUAAUAAUAGUAAUAAAAAACUAAAGAAACAAUGACAGAAAUUUGUGCUUUUCAUUAUUAUCGCACAGUAUGAUGACCACAAAGAAAAACAAAAUGAGCACAUUCACUAAUCAGGUUGGAGAUCUCUCGGUACGGCAGUUUGGUUGGCAAAGAAAGAUAAUCACUAGACUGCGAACAAA